UUUACACUGAAAAAAUUCAAUAUUUUGCACCAUUGUAGAGGGUAAGAGUUUCUUUCAAUAAAGAUAAUGGGGAAUUUUCGUGCCUUUGUCCAACCUCGGGCAUGAGUUCGACAUGUUACCAUGAGGCUGUAGCGAAGUGGUGUUUAUUGGAGCAACAACCUGAAUGGAUCAAGCGCCCUUCCAGUAUUUGUCAUACACUGACUGAUAAUAUGGACUAUAUGAUGAAGUAUUUUUUAACAAAAAAAAGAAUUCCAGCUGAAAUACCUCAGCGUCUUUUGCGUGACAUUUCUCCUCCGCUUUUGCUGACUCCCUCUGAACAAAAAUGUCUUAAGUGCAACGAGGAUUUAUGCAUCAAGAAUAAAAAACGAACAGUAGCAUAUGGAAUGGGCCACAUUUGGAAAACAACUGAAUUAUUCAUCAAGGAAUGUGCUGAAUGUGGAAUGGAAGUUAGAUAUCAAGAAUAUGAAGAAGGUUUUCAUAAUUUUGACAAUAGUGUUUUAUUGAGUCUCAAGUUGUGUUGUUAUUUACUGCGUGGACUGAAAAAUCAUAUCUCAAUCGAGAGCAAUCUAAAAAUGUUGUUCAUCGAAACUAUUCCUUAUAAUAAGAUCAGGAAUGCGUUCUUGCAUUUUUUGGCUCUCCAAGACUAUCAAUACGACUUUUGUUGCUUGAAAUGUGGAAUAUAUCCAACAGUGCUGAUAUGUGAUGGUAAUUGGAAAAACACGUGCAGAAGACCAGUUGAAGCCGUUGACAAAACCCAAAAUACUUGUGACCUCAUUGAUGUAGACGCAACUUGGGAAAAAUAUCAGAUGGAAAUUAUAGGAAGAGGAUUUUAUGGCUGUAAGGAGAAUCCAUGGAAAGUGGAAAUAAUGUACAACACAGUUGCACCUUGGAUAUCUCCAGAAUGCCGAUUUUCAAGUGAAGUCCCAAAUACAGAGCAUAGGAAAGGAUUUAUUCUUAACAAGCCAGUUGUUGAAAAGCCUCUAGCCUACUCCAAAGUCUCUCAUGAAGAUAUUCUUCAAGCUAUAAACUCUCCUCUUACAUCUGAUUCUCGUUUGAUAGACUUGUGUGAAGUCUUGGGUAUAAGUAGCAAAGGGAGUUCAGAAGACCUUGUUAAUACUUUGAAUGAGCUGGUUCUGUUUAAGGAUGUAUGCCCUAAGAUGUACAAAAGCAUAAAACAUUGCGGUGGAGGGAUUGUACAUUUUCGUUGCCCACAUGGGAUAUGCUAUUAUAUGAAAUAUCUUCUAAGACAGGAAAGUGCUAGAGAUUAUAUUGACGGAAUAUUGUCCCUGAAGAGACAACCUCAUGCUAUAAUAUCUGACAUUGCUUCCCAAGUAGCCCAUCAUGGCGAGGCUAGAAAAAGGGGUAUUUUUGGGCCUGAUAAAGGAAUGCUGUUUGCAUAUACUGACAAAAAUCUUGAAUUGGAAAAACAUGGCUCUCUACCACAGGUUAAACUGGAUGCUCAUAAAAAAUACAGCCUCUGUGAUAGGUUCCAUACAAGAUCGAAGAAAAAGACCGCAGAAAAUUCUUUUCGCAACUUGAAGUACUGCUCUGAUUUGAACAUAAAUACCAGUGUGGCAGAGCAGGAAAAUGCUCACAUGGCAAAAGAUAGAUCUUCAGUUUGCUCUAUGGACACUACCAAUUUCCUUUGGCUUUCGCGAGUUAGCAUUAACCUGCGUAAUAAAGACAUAAACUCAAGAUAUGAAAAAAAAAUGAAGACUCAAUUUGGAAAUAAAAUUCGGAGGAAUCAUGAAGGAAUUGCUAUACCAGAUGUUAAAGGUAACGUUUUGGAUGGAACCAGUGGAUCGGUCACAGAGGAAGAAUUACUCAUCGACGAAGAUGAUGAAGCUAUGAAUGAGGUAGUUGCCAACCCUGAAGACAAUGUGUACUCUGAAAAUAUACAGAGUGGAAUGACUACUGGAACAGUGUCACAAUAUCAAGAAGAUCAGACAUUUUGUUCAGCAAAAAUGAAAUCAACUUCAUGCAGUGAUGGUAAUAUUUAUGACUCCGAGAAUAAAGAUAGUGAUGAAUCAAGAAAAUGUCUUUUUCUGCCUGCCAAAUUUAAUGACAUACAGAAAUUAUGGAAGUCAACUCAUAGGAAUAGGAUUGAGUGUGUAGUUGGAGAUACAAAGAAAGGGCUAGACAAGGAGUGUAUGUGCCUUCUUGAGGGUGACAGCUAUCUUGAUGAUAAAAUAAUAGAUGGAAUAAUUGCAGCUCUUUGUCAUAAGUGGACCAGUCAUACUCAAUAUAGCGCUCUGUCUGCAUUAUAUUCCACAAUGUGGUUUUGGGAGGGGAUUUAUCGUCGAAAGUACAAAAGUUUGGCCAAGUUGACUAUUGAAAAACCAACUAUGAGUGCUGUGAACCAUGGCAAUCACUGGACUCUAAUGAUUACAGAUCCAUCUCAAGGGAGUGUCACUAUUUAUGACCCUGUUGGCCAUGAAGAGAGUUAUGCUGAAACGCUGAUGGAGAAUUGGAGGAAAUUUUGGAAAUACCAUGGAGGUGACAAAAGAGAUUGGAGACUGUUAACAAACAAGCAUAGUGAACAAGAAGAUGGGUUUAAUUGUGGAAUUUUGGUUGUGAAGGCUGCCGAAGCAAUCUUAACAGGUUGUACAACGGAUUUCAAUCAUUCGACAGGCAUCUGUAAAGUCUACAGAAUCCAUUUUGGAGACCUUCUGUUGGAAGCCACAGAUGUUGAUGAGCUGGCACACUUUUGUGUGGGCUGUAAUGGCAGGACUGCCCCUGAUGGUGGCACACUUUGGGUCGAAUGUGAUGGAUGCGAAAGGUGGUGCCACCAAUAUUGCGCAGAUUUUGCGGGUAACGAAGAGUUUUUCUGUGAACACUGCACAUAAAACUUAAGUUUUUGUGUAAUUUUCUUUAAUAAAAUUUAAUAACAUGCA